CGGACGGCAGCAUUUAACCGGAUUGAAUCCGCUGCCUCGCGUCCGCUGCGCAGCCUCCUCCUCCAACCCCCGUUCCUCGGCAGAUCCGCCCCCGCCGCCCCCCGUCAUGGGCCAGUGCCCCUCCGUCCCCCGCCGCCGCAAGCCUCCGCCACCGCCUCCCAUCCUCGUUUCGCCGCCGCAUCUCCUUACUUCAAUCGCCGACGUGGGGGAGGCUGCGGAGGACCACACCGAAGACCUCCCCGAGGAGCUCCUCGCCCUCAUCUUCGGCUUCCUCGGCUCUGGCGACCGCAAGCGCUCCUCCCUCGUCUGCCGCCGCUGGCUCGCCGUCGAGGCCGCCUCCCGCCUCCGCCUCGCGCUCGACGCGCGGGCGCCGCUCCUCGCCGCCGCGCCCCGCCUACUCGAGCGCUUCCCCGCCGUAUCCAAGCUCGCGCUCAAGUGCGACCGCCGCGCCGAGAGCGUUGGGGACCCGGCCCUCGCUCUCGUCGCCGACCGCCUCGGCCCGGGACUCCGACGCCUCAAGCUCCGCUCACUGCGCGCCGUCACUGACAACGGGGUCGCCGCGCUAGCCGCCGCAGCCAUAAACCUCCGCAAGCUCUCCGUCGGCUCUUGCGCCUUCGGGGCCAAGGGCAUCGAGGCCGUCCUGCGGUCCUGCCUCCAACUUGAGGAGCUCUCCAUCAAGCGCCUCCGCGGCCUCGCCGACUCGGAGCCCAUCGCCGUCUCCGGACCUCGCCUCCAGUCUCUAUCGCUCAAGGAGCUCUACAACGGGCAGUGCUUCUCCUGUUUGAUUACCCAGUCUCCCAACCUCAAAACCCUCAAGAUUAUCCGAUGCUCCGGCGACUGGGACCCGGUGCUCCAGGCUGUCCCAAGGGAGGCCCUGCUGGCCGAACUCCACCUCGAGAAGCUGCAGGUCAGCGACCGUGGUGUAGCUGCUUUAUUUGGGCUCGAGAUAUUGUACCUUGCCAAGGUGCCGGAGGUCACAGAUGUUGGGUUAGCUGCGCAAGCUGCCAAAUCGCCGCGCCUUCGUAAGCUGCAUGUAGAUGGAUCAAAGGCGAACAGGAUUGGUGACCGUGGGCUCGCGGCAGUGGCACAGAAAUGUGCCAGCUUGCAGGAAUUGGUCCUCAUUGGUGUGAAUUUAACAAAAUCCAGUCUCGAAUUGAUUGCAGCCAACUGUCCCACCCUUGAGAGGCUUGCACUGUGCGGGGCGGAUACAUUUGGAGACGCUGAGAUCUCAUGUGUUGCAGCCAAAUGUGCUGCUUUGCGUAAGCUGUGCAUCAAGGCUUGUCCUGUGUCUGACGUGGGGAUGGAUAAGCUUGCCGGAGGCUGUCCACGCCUUGUCAAGGUUAAGGUGAAGAAAUGUCGUGGGGUGACGUCCGAGUGUGCUGAGCGGCUCCGGGCUAGCAGACAUGGAGCCCUUGCUGUGAAUUUUGACACGCCAGGUGGUGCUGGCGAGUUGCAGGAUGCUAGGAGUGUGGAUGAGAGUGGUGCGCUGGACAAUGCUGGGAGUGAUGUGCUGCCAGAGGAUUUGGACGAUCGGAUUGGAGGACCAGACCUUUCGAGCGGGAGCAGUGGCAGGUCAUCAAGAUGGAAAGCACGGAUGGGUGCUUUGAUGACGAGGAGCUUGUCUGUUUCCAUGUUCCGGAGGCGGACACAGGGAGCCUGCUAUACAGCUCGCGAGUCAUGAGCAUUGGGUGCCAUGGUUGCUCUUUCAGCACUUUGAUUCUUUUACGUUUGUAUGUUCGAUUACUUGGUGAUGUUGAUUGUUGUAUCGGUGUUUGUCUUUCUGGUUGGUACCAUGCUGUUUUUCCUGAUUUCUGUUAGGAAUUUUAGUUCAUAUUGCCAGGCAGUUCGGUUGGAGGAUACUUAUCAUUUGAUUCUCGUCCUAGUAGCAAUGAUUCAUGCAAUUGCAUGCUGUAAUCUCCUUGGAAACAAUUGUUUGAACUGAAAAAUAUGAUGUGGAAACAAUAUCAUAUGGUCAAAGGCUCCAAGUUCUGAUUU